ACUAGUACGUAAAAUGCCAUCCCGGCUAAUUAACUGGCAGGUGCAAUUUUUUGGGAGGGAAUGGGACUUCAUGGAUUUAUACCAUCUUACUCUCAUUCUGGGCGUCCAUUGCCUCUGUCUUUUAGCACCAUUUCAGUUCACUUGGGGUGCACUUUGGGUGGCAAUAUCACUGUAUUUGGUGUCGGGUAUGGGUGUAACUAUCUCUUACCAUCGGAACCUUGCCCACCAGAGCUUUAAGGUCCCCAAAUGGCUUGAAUACUCGCUGGCUUAUUGUGCAGUUCUGUCACUUCAGGGUAGUCCACUUGAAUGGGUGAGCAGCCAUAGAUACCACCAUCAAUUUACAGACAAAUUGAGAGACCCUCAUAGCCCCACUAAGGGAUUUUGGUUUAGUCACGUGAAUUGGGCGUUCGAUUAUCAUUCUCGGUUUGGAAGCUAUGACGGACAACUGAUGAAGAACGUGGGAGAUUUGGAAUGCCAACUAUACUAUAGGUUUCUUCAUUAUACCUACUUCCUUCAUUCAGUUCUUCUUGGAGUUGCACUCUAUGUGGCCGGAGGAUUACCUUUUGUGGUUUGGGGAAUGGGUGUAAGGGUGGUAGUCGUUUCACAAGUUACUUUUUCAAUAAAUUCUAUUUGCCACACUUGGGGAAAACAAAUAUGGGAUACUGGUGAUGCGUCUAAAAACAACUGGUUGUUUGGAUUGCUGGCAUUCGGAGAAGGUUGGCACAAUAAUCACCAUGCUUUUGAGUACUCAGCUCGACAGGGCUUAGAAUGGUGGCAAAUUGAUACUAGUUGGUAUGUGAUUAAGUUUCUUCAAGUUGUGGGUUUGUCCACAGACGUGAAACUGCCAACCGAGAUUCAGAAGAAACGAAAAGCUCUGGCAAAAAAUUCGAUCAUGAAGGAUAAGUAAUUUGACCAAUUAGCCAUUUAUAUGGCAUUCUUGCUUAUUGGCCACAUCCUGGACUAGUAGCUCCUACAUCUCCUCAUGUGGUUGGGAAUAAACUUUUGCUAUCUAGAUGUAUGAACAUUGAUAAGUGUUUAUGCCU